CAGAACUCACGCAGCCACAGAGACAAAGUCGCGUCUGAGCUGAGCGGAUCCUCUCAGCAGUCGCUCUUGAUCAUUAACUACGUCGGCACCAAACCAGGCCUGACCAAGUUGCUCACUUUUCCUUUUGCCUUCCUUCAACAACAAGAUCCAUUCCAAGAGGAUCAAGACAGCCAUGCUCAAGUCGUGGUUUGCAGCAGUACUGUGCACGGCCUUGGGUCUCGCCGCACAACAAGGAACUCCUCUCGUCUCCGCUGACCAGUGGGAUGAACGCGCCGACGCCAUCGUGGCCACCUUCACCGACGACGACAUUAUCGGCCAGAUGACCCAGAUUGACAUCAACCAGCUCCUCACGGAAGAUAACAAGGUCGACGACGACAAGGUGCGCGCGUACGCCAAGAUGCGCGUGGGCUCGUACCUCACAAGUCCCUUCAACAAUGGACCCGUGAACGGCACGUACAUGUGGACGGCCGACGAGUGGCGUGAGGUGAUCACGAGGAUCCAGGAGAUCACGAUGGAGGAGAACGGCGGUCACCCGAUGGUGUACGGCGUGGACUCCGUGCACGGCGCCAUCUUCGUGAAGGACGCGGUGCUGUUCGGCCAGCAGAUUAAUGGCGGUGCGUCGUUCAACCCGGACCUCGUCUACGAGCAGGGUCGUAUCACCGGCCGUGACACGGAAGCAUCGGGCGUGCCAUGGGUGUUUGGCCCCAUUCUCGGCAUCUCGCGCAACCCACUCUGGGCGCGUACGUUCGAGACGUUCAGCGAGGACCCGCACAUCAACUCCGUCAUGGGCGACGCUAUUAUCCGUGGAUUGCAGAGUAAUAACCACACCGCAGCGUGCAUGAAGCACUGGAUCGUUUACCCAAAGACCCCCUCUGGCCAUGACAAGGACGCUGUGACUGUGUCGGACUACGACAUGAUGAACUACUUCUUCCCGCCCUUCAAGGCUGCGGUGGACGCUGGCGUGAUCAGCGCCAUGGAGAACUACAUCUCCAUCAACGGCGUGCCAACCGUGUCGAACGCCAAGCUCAUGAACGCGCUGCUACGCGACGACUUGGGCUUCGACGGCAUGAUGGUGACGGACUACGCCGAGAUCAACCAGCUCACAGACUUCCACCGCACCGCGCGCAACGAGACCGAGGCCACGCGUAUCUCGCUCACGCGCGCGUCCGUGGAUAUGAGCAUGGUGGCGCAGGACACGAGCUUCUACAAUGGCACGAAGGCGCUGCUGGAGCAGAGUCCGCAGUUCCGCGAGCGCCUCCGAGAAUCGGCCCGUCGUGUGGUCAAGAUGAAGUUGAAGCUCGGUCUGUACGAGACACCGGUGCCCGGUGAGGAGAACCUCGCACUCAUUGGUAACGACGACGACAUCUCGGCGGCUCUGGAGCUGGCGCGCGAGUCCAUCGUGCUGCUACAGAACAACGACAGCACGCUGCCGAUCAAGGAGGACGCGUCCGUGUUCCUGACGGGCUUCACCGCCGACAACAUCGGCCGCAUGUGCGGCGGAUGGACGAUCGCCUGGCAGGGCUACAGUGACCAGGACCACCUGCUGACGAAGGGUAUUACAGUCAAGUCCGCCAUGGAAACGCUCGUCGGCAACGACAGCUUCAGCUUCUUCAACGGCUUGCACCCGAACGGCUCGUACACCGAGGCCGACCUGGCCACGGCCAAGGAGUUGGCCAGCAAGGCCGAGUACACCAUCGCCGUGAUUGGCGAGGACACGUACGCCGAGAAGCCGGGUGACAUCGACGAUUUGGCGUUGCCCGCCGGCCAGAUCGAGUACGUGAAGGAGCUGGCGUCGACGGGAACUAAGGUGAUCUUGGUGCUGUUCGAGGGCCGCCCGCGUCUGCUUGGAGACCUGCCCGAGAACGUGCACGCCGUCGUGAACGGUUUGUUGGCAUGUGAACUCGGUGGCCAGGCCAUGGCCGAGAUCAUCUACGGCAAGGUGAACCCCAGUGGCCGCAUGCCGAUCACGUACCCGAAGGACCAAGCUAACAUCCAGAUGACGUACAACCACCCCGUGACGAGCAUGUGCCAGACGCAAGAGUCCGACGGCGCUUACUACUGCGAGAACCAGUGGGAUUUCGGCGCAGGUCUCAGCUACACCGAGUUCACCUACUCCGAGGUGCGUCUAAGCCGCAAUGUCGUCACGUCUUCGGCGGAGGACGUCGUGGUAUCCGUGGACGUGACGAACUCUGGAAGCGUGGCCGGCAAGGAGACCGUCAUGCUCUUCCUCAUCCAGCCGUACAACUCGCUGAACGUGCCGGAGAUGAAGCAGCUCAAGAAGUUCUCCAAGAUCAGUCUCGAACCCGGUCAGACGCAGAACGUCAACUUCACACUCACGGCCGACGACUGGAGCGUGUACUACCCGCAGGUGGGCCACGGCCUCAAGAAGGUGGCCGAGGACUGCGACUACGUGGUGGCCAUCAAACCCGAGACGGACUGCGACGUGUACAACGAGACGGCCGUGGCCAACCCGCUCUGUGCCACCUUCUCACUCAACACGGGCGAGUAUCCGUUCGGCACGUUUGAGGAACCGUGGUAGUCAGCCCAGUUUUGAUAAUACUAAUUGGACAUGUCAUGUGAGUGGUUUAGCGCCUUGCUACAACUUGUUGAUCUGAGGGGGCCGAAGCGAAUGUCUUGAUUGGUUAACCGCAUUGUACCAGUUCAGACCAAGUAAGUUCCGAGGCGUUUACUCGCCGAAGUAGUUUGAGGCUACUGGUAUAUUCGUUGUGUUCACCCACUACGUCCACAGGGAGAAGUACAGCUUGCUGCGGUCGCCAACGUGACUGAUAGUAUGCCAAUUCAGUAGAACGACUAGUGUCAACCAAGAUACUCAGAUACACCAACGGAUCACUUAAGAAUACAAUAUUCAUGAACGCCACAGUCGCCUCGACAGCGUCCGAGCGUCUGUGAACGCACUGAAGGUGAUGCUGGAUGAAGCGCCGAGAGUUUACACGCUUUUGUACUGACCAACCGCGCGUCGUAUUGAGAGUCUCCCGCUCUUCAGUCAGUGGCCUGCGUGAAUGAAAACUGGAGGCAAUAGGGACCACAACUCUAUCGAAUCGACUAUAUCGUGGCAACUGGAAUCUAACCGGAAAGUUCCCUUCCACUUUCAAC